UCGAGCAAAUAGAUGGAAGAGAAGAAGGCUAGGGUUCUUGUGACCGGAGGGAGCGGCUUCCUUGGCGGAGCUCUCAUCCGCGCGUUGCUGCGGUCCGGUCGCUACGAAAUACGCGCGCUGGUGAGGAGGAUCGGCAGCGUCGCCGCGGAUUUCGAUCCGGAGCUGCUCUCCGGCGGGCUGGAAUUCGUCGCUGGCGAUGUCUUGGAUCUCGAAUCGCUCGUCCGUGCCUGCGAUGGCUGCCAGGCCGUAAUCCAUGUCGCGGCAUACGUCAAGAGCUGGGCACCGGAUCCCGCGCGCUUCUUUCAGGUCAAUGUGGGAGGCCUCAAGAAUGUGAUCGAAGCUGUCAAGGCUACCGCAUCGAUCACAAAGCUCGUCUACACGUCCUCGUUCUUUGCUCUCGGGCCAUCGAAAUAUGGUGAAGUUGCCGAUGAACAGCAGGUCCAUUCCGGGAAGAACUUUUGCACAGAGUAUGAGAGAUCCAAGCUGGAAGCCGAUAUAGUCGCACGGAAUUCCGAGGUGCCUAUAGUUCUUCUCUACCCGGGAGUGAUAUAUGGAUCCGGACGAAUCACUCGAGGCAACAUCAUCGCGGACAUUCUCAUAGAACGGUUCAACUGGCGUCUACCCGGCUACAUCGGAUUCGGGCAUGACAAGUUCUCGUUUUGUCACGUCGAGGACGUUGCUGCCGGGCACAUCGCAGCGCUCGAGAAAGGUGCUCCCGGCGAGAGAUUCAUCCUCGGCGGCCCAAACAAAUCCCUCGAGGACGUGUUUAACAUCUCCGCGAGCUUGACAGGCACCAGAAGGCCGUGGUUCCACAUACCACUCUGGUUAGUCUACGUCUAUGGCUACGUCUCGACCGUCUUUGCUCGGAUCACUGGCGUAGAGCCUGUUGUGACGCAUCCGGCAGUCUUGGUGAUAAAGCAGCAAUGGGCCUACUCGAGUGCCAAAGCCGAGAGACUCCUGGGCUACAAACCAAGAUCUCUGGAAGACGGACUGGCGGAAAUGCUCGUCUUUCUCAAAGACAGGCAGCUCAUUACGUACUGAAAAUCUGGAGACAAAGCCAUUAACGGAAACAAAACCAUGGACAUAUCGAAACAAGAAAAUUUGCGUCGA